CUCACGGCAGUCGUUACUUGGUUGUUGGCGGGUUCAUGUACAGAGUCAGCAAGAGAAAACAAGACAGGAUAUCUUGGAUAUGUACUGCAAAACACUGCAAAUCCACAGCAUCAACAACGAAUGACAUUGUCACCAUGGGGUAAGAUGAACACAAUCAUCAAACUGUCAUGAGUGAUAUUAAGGUAAGAGUUUAAAUUCUUAUAUAUGUAUAAAUAUUAUUCAGGGAUUGCCACAGUUUUGUCGAUUUUUUUAACAGUGUUUCAGUAAGAUGCUUAAUAAAUGGAAAAGUUUGGAACCAAAUGGUUAAUGUUUCUUUGUUGGACCCAAAUGGUUAAUAAUUCUUUGCUUUUUUUGUAGGUGAAGGAGAUGCUAGAAAAGCUGAAGGUGAAGGCAGCUUCGACCCUCCAGCCCAUGCAGUGCCUCUACGAAGAAGGCCUUAUCGACAUGAGAGAUGGAAGUUGGAAUGAUGAGACCAAAGCCAUGAUUGCUGCCAUGCGCACCUUCCCCGAUGCCCGGAGCUCUCUCUACAGAGCCAGGCGAGCAGUGAUGCCACCACUUCCCCUCAGACGAGAAGACCUAGUCUUCCCUGAUGAAUACAAGACGACGAUUUCUGGCGACCCCUCCCUCCUCGUCGACGACAGCCAUGACAAGAGAAUCCUUGGGUUUUCCACCGCCGAUAACUUGCGUUAUCUCUGCGAAUCAGACACCAUCUACGGAGAUGGCACAUUCUACGUGGCCGCCAACCAUAUUUCACCAGUUGUACACUAUCCAUGGCAUGGUAGAUGGGAACAUGUUUCCUUUGGUAUUCUUCUUCCUGCUAGAUAAGAAAGAGGAUACUUACACCAGGAUGUUCAGACUACUUGUCGAUGCAGCCGCGAUCAGAGGUCAUCAUUUGGAUCCACAGAAGAUCCAGAUGGACCAUGAGGUUGCCUCCAGAAACCCCUCUGCGAUCGUGUUCCCCCGAAGCGAGUGGAAGGGCUGCUUCUUCCACUUCACCCAGUGUGUAUGGAGGAGAACCCAGCAGCACCAUCUCCAGAAGGCCUACCAGGACGAUGACGAGAUCAAGAGGUUCGUCCCGGAGAUGUGCCGUCUUGCCUUUGGUGCCAACACAGGAGACCUGACAUCAUGAGCCACAAGUGUUACAAGUACAUCCAGGUGUAAAAGGUUUAUUUUUGCACAGAUCACAGACUGAUUGUGCAAUGACAAAGUUGGGAAGAUGUGUGGGUUGUCCACAAGAUGGAUUGUGACAAGUACUACAGAUACUAUGAUGGGUUCAAACAUCCUUUCCUGUGCAAUGGGUACAUGGAACUGGUGAAAUACCCAUCUUUACAAGUGGUCACUUCGUUUUGACUACAUUCAAAGUCAAACAUGAUAAACUUUUUGUAAAAAACU